CCUGGCCCAGCAAAGCCCCUCAUUUUGGCAGAAAGUACAAUGUCGACCAGCCGCAAGUUAAAGAGCUAUGGCAUGAGGAGGGGCAAGAACCGCGCUCCUCACAAGGGAGUUAAGAGAGGUGGCAGCAAAAGAAAAUACCGGAAGGGCAGCCUGAAGAGUAGAAAACGGUGCGAUGAUGCCAAUCGCAAUUACCGCUCCCACUUGUGACUCCACCAGCGGGCUCUCCCCUGGUAGACUUCAAGGACACCAGGCAGCAACAGAGAACAGAAGGAGGACUACCAAGGAGACCUGAAGUUAGGUCAAUGCCAGAGAAGAGCUUAUCAUGUGGGUAAAAUGCCAGUUGCGACAAAAUGAGGAAUGUAUAUGUUGGCUGUUUCUCUCCAACAUCUCAAUAAAAUUUUGAAAACUGAAAA